GUCAUACGACCUUGCAGAUUGCUGAUAGAAAGUGCAGCCAAGCGAGCGGAAUGCUACAAUAUGUCUGUGCUCCCGAUGCUAUGAUUCGUCAGGCUUUAAAGUCGAGACACAUGAUAAAGAAUACUCGUAUUUAGAAAAUCAUUCCCUCCGUGGAGUUUGCAUCUUGUUCUUUCUUUCUUUCUCUCACACCUUGGCCCUGUUUUUUUUUCCUGAUACCUCACACACCAUGCCCUUUGCCACGGUACAGCCAAUGCUGAAACGCUCACGGUUUCAUGCUCCUCAAUCAGCUUUGGAGCAUCCCAACAUGUUUGAUUUACACGAAAAUCUGCUUCAUAAUACGAUAAAGUCUCACGAUCGUAAUCUAUUUCUCGACUAUUUGACCGAUCAACGACGAAUGGUCCACUCUCCCUUUGAUAAAUUGGCUGCUACCACCACCGAUGAUGACAUGGCCUCCAGCCCAUUGUCUUUGGACAACGAUAUUCUAAUGCCUAUCGAUAUCACUAGCUGCUUUGGUGAACAAUUUGAUUCUCACGAGUCUCACUCCAUCACGUCUUCCGACGAUAUCACGACAUUUAGCUUUGAGUUUGAAGGACCAGGGACGCCUAACUCACCACCCGAGACCCCUACCACUCAAAAUAUCCUAUGUGAUGCUCUCUCCAAGUUUAGCAUCGCGUACACUGAACAAGGCAUCAAGAUGGAAGCCAAAGUCGGCAAUGUCAGUGAACUAAGAGCAUUAAUGAACUCCAUACCCCAAUUGUCGUCUCAAACCGAUGCACCCACCACGCCAACCGACCACACGACUUCCAUCAUUUGUCGAAAUAAAAACAUUCAAACUCGGCCAGCCAAUUUAUUCGAGCGAGCGUGGUCGGCCGGUCAAAAAAUUUGCCAACCAUCGCACAAAUCCCAGAUGAGCCGUAAACAGAUCAUCGACGCAUGUAUACAAACCUACUUUGACUGCUGGGUACGAUAUCCGCAUAUCUUGACCAAAGAAGAAUUCAAGACGUAUUACGAUAGCUUUGAAAACCCAAUGGAUAGCCUUCUGGUGAAUGCCAUCUGCUCCACCACGUACAAGCAUACUGUCACGCACCACGCCACUUCUCCUGAGAUGGCCACGUUGGCCUGCGAUCAACGAAAGAUUCAGGAACAAGAGAAUUAUUUCUUCAACAAAGCACGUGUGGCUUUGGCUCAAUCCUUUGAUGUCCCGGAUCGAUACACCGUGAUUUCCUUGCUGUUUCUCUCCACCACCGCCGAAAGCUGCCAAAUCAAUCUGUACACUGGCAUGGCCAUGUCUGCUUUGCAUCAGCUGAAAAUAUACCCUCGCAUGGCCAAAACCGACGUGGAAGAAUGCUCCUAUGAAAAAGAAAUGGAUGCGCGAUUAUGGUGGUACGCCUGGACCAUUGACCUCUAUCACCAUACCGGUGGCAGUCCGAAAAAUGCCCCACCCCUUCCCUUCACGGGUGAAAUAGCCUUGCCCACGUUAUAUGAAGAAGACAUUGACGAGACUGAAAUUGGCCUGUUGGUGGAAGUUCAAUGCAUACGCAUCUGGCGUAUUCAAGCCGAUGUUGUCGAGUUCUUUUACGAAUCCGACCCGGAGACCAUCAUGUCAGCUGAACAGCUCAAUGGGUUUGAGUCUCGUCUUGAGGCAUGGCGUGCCGAAUUGCCCUCGUAUUUCCAACUUGACUCGGGUUUUGAGUACGGCUCAGAAGAUAUGUUCCUAGGUUGCCUUCGCCUCCACCUCGAAUACAACGCCACCAUGAUCAUCCUUCAAAAACUCUUCAUUCCCGACCUCAAUGACCCUACCCCUAGCAAAUCUUCUCUUCUUGCUCUCAACAAGUGCUUGAAGACCGCCAUCUCACAGCUCAAGCUCCUUAACACCUGCCAGAAACUACCAUUGGGUCACUGUGGUUUCGAUCGGGAUGAACUGUGGAGAGCCUCAGAAGUCGUCUCCUUAUCCCUUCAAAUCUACAACACCGUCCGAUCACAAGUAGACAAACGCACCAUUUUGAAUGGUGUUCGCAAGUCAGACCUUGAAACUGGCCUUUAUCGUGCAUUGCAUAUUCUCAAGGGGACAAGAGAGUGGCAAACCAAGAGUAUGAAUUGGACUCAAGUCUCUGACUGGCUCGAUAUUGAAAUUCAAAAAUUCAAACUACCCCCUGGCCAAACCGACGAAAAGAUGAUCAACAACCCUGCUACUUACUUCACUGCCAAUCUCAAACCUGGUUGUCUUCGUAAGCUGUCUACUUCAGACGACCUUGUUCCCGUCAAGGAUGAAGACCGAGAACCUACCUUGAACACCGUUCCCAAGCGCCGCACAAGCUCUUCUCCCUCCACCAUGUUGAGUGUCCUCUCGUUCCCUGUCGGAAACACCGCCUCCAAAAAAUCAACCCUUGCAGAACCUGUGGUCUCGACGGCAAAGCCUGCCAUUCCCAUCCAGUUUCACAAUAAUUUUGGUCCUUCCCAACCCUAUAUCCAAGACAAGACUCCUCAAAGCAAUUUUGCUCGAAAUUCUACUAGUCAUUCUGCCGGUAGCAAAAACCAACCUCGCUUCAGGUAUUUCAAUCCAAGGAAAAUGAACAAGUUCAUGUUUAUUGAUGAACAUCCUGUGCUGUAAACGGACGGUUUGGGUCUCCUCUUGUUAUUUUAUCUCUGUCUAUCCCCUCCCCUUACAAUGCUGUAUUUUACCGAAAGUCGUGUAGAGCUCUCAAUUUCUUCCCCAUUUUACUUGCUCUCUGUGUAAUUGUGCUUAUUUUAUUUGGUCUUGUUUGUUACCCCCUUCUUUCUGUGCACUUUUUUGUUUUUGU